AUGGCGCCGAGGUUUCACGUCUCGGCGCCAUGGAUCACGGCGCCGAGGUCCCUGACUGCCUUCUCACAUCCUGGCGCCGAGGUAUUGAGACCAAAAGGCCCGUCCGAGGCCGCGCCCGAGGCCGCCUCGUCCUCCCGCCCGCCACGCCCGCGCCUGCCGCCGCUGCGCGCCUCCCUGCCGCCGCUGCGCGCCUGGCGCUGCUGCGCACGUCCGCCGCGGAGCCGCUGCCCACGCCGGCGCUUCCCCGCCGGCGCUUCCCUGCCGGCGCUUCCCCGCCCGCGGAGCCGCUGCCCACGCCGGCCGCGGGCGCCUUCCCCGGCCGCCGCGGCCCCUGCCCCGGUCGCGCGCCCCCGCCGGUGCCCCGGCCGCGCGCCGAGGCUGCCGCCGGCCGGGCCGGCCGGCCCCGCUGCUGUCACCGGUCGGCUCUGCGACUGCCCCGGCCCCGGCGCUGCUUUGCUAAGGUAA